AUGGCGCUCAUCCAGACAAGCUUGAUCUGGGUCGCCUAUGCCGUCGCUAUUGUCAUUCUGCUGGCCAUCGCCGCCAUCUUCGUCUACAUCUACCAGACCCCUCGCGAACGCGCCGCCUCCGUGACCGCAGUAUGCAUCUUCACCGUGAGCGCUCUCUGGGCUACUAUUCUGCUCAUGCCCGUCGACAUUGCCCUCACCUCGUCCACCAACGCCGCCAAGGAAGGCCGCCGCAAGGACUGGGCCACGCCCGACAAGGUGGACGACAUUGUUUACACUCUGAAGAUUGUUUACUAUACCCUAUACUCGCUGGAUGCUGUGCUAUGUCUUCUGCUCGUUCCCUUCACCUACUUCUUCUACGAAGAGUACGAUGAGGGUGCCGAAGAGGAUGGCACGCAGACCGUGGGGUCUCGCCUCUGGGGUGCCCUCAAGUACACCAUUGCUUUCAUCGUCUUGGUCGUGAUUUUGUUCCUCGUCGGCUUUUUCGUGCCGGUCGCGAGGAGUACCAAACACCAACACCUAGACUUGGACUAUUUCAAGAAGCUCUUAGCUGAGAAUCAUGGCGAGCGCGCUCUCACAUUCGCUUUGGGCCUUUUGAUCACCAUUGGUACGAUUAUAUACAUUCUCUACACAGCGGCUGGCCUCGCGCUUCUUCCCGCAGCCAUGAUCAAGUCUGCUCCAUCCAUUUCGGCCCCGACGCUAGCCCAAGACACCGCUGCACAACUCGAAUCAAACCGCGAGGAACAGAGACAACUUGAGCGGCGCAACGAGGGUCGCGCCGAUGGCCUGGAUGCUCGUGAACGCCGCCGGCUUGAAGCUCUUGUGCGCGACGAGCGCACCCUUGUCAGGCGGGAGCGUCUUGCUGCCGAAGCCAGCGGCGAGGAGCGAGGCUGGCUGAUGAGGGCCUGGAUCAAGAUCGAGGCCAUCUUCAGGCCCAUCAAACUCCUCGGCGGAAUCAUACUGAUGAUCUUUGCGCUCCUGAUCUUCGUCUCCAUGCUCAUCACCGGCAUCGACAAGGCAAAGAACUCUAUUUGCAAGGCCGGAUGUGGUUAUGUGCUCGGUCACAUCAACAUUUUCCAGCCUAUCAACUGGAUUUUCGUCCAAUCCUCCAAGGUGUUCCCCAUUGACUACAUCAUCUUCCUCUUGCUGGUACUCUUUUUGUUUUCUGCAUCCGUCGUCGGCAUUGCCACUGUGGGCAUUCGCUUCCUUUGGAUCACCAUCUUCCAGAUCAGGAAGGGUCACACAAGCCCUCAGGCCCUUCUCCUGGCAACAGUCCUUCUGACUUUGAUGGUCCUGGCCAUCAACUAUUCUGUUGCCAUGAUGAUUGCGCCGCAGUACGCCACUUUUGGACCCCAGACCUACUGUGACCGUCCCGCCCACCACCCAGGAGAGCAGCCAGAUUGCUCGCAACACAAGAGUGCCAUCAAACCAUGCACUGAACUUGCAGAGAACCCUGUCGCAAAAGAUGUUUGCACUCCUAGUGUCGUCACCACGUUCAUCAAUCGCGUGACGGUGAACUUCCUAUUCUUCGGUGUGGUGGACUUUUGGGCCCAGUUCGCUUUCCUUUUGGUAUAUCUGAUUGUCUUCAUCACUAUGUUGUUCCGCACUCCAAGGCUCGACGUGGCCCAGCUGGAUGCAGAUCUCGAGGAAGAAGAGGAGGAAGGAUUGCUUUCCAGCACGGGUCGUCGCUUCAACGCCACAUGGCAAGACAUCACCAGCCGUUCAAAGGCCAGAGCUGCUGCAUAUGGAACAACCGACAACGGUACUAACCACGGCAGCCGAUCUGAGGGAAGAGACACUAACUGGUGA